UCUUCGCGCACUUCUCCACCCUCUGGUGCAAAGAUCGUGCGAAUCAAUACUACCACUUCGGGGGAAUAUGCUACUCUUGCGGCGGCGGUAGCGGCGCUGCCCUCGGAUUCGUCCUCCCAGAUCAUUUUCAUUUAUCCUGGAACGUACAAUGGGCAGGUCAAUAUUCAGCGCUCGGGGCCUGUCACGCUUCUUGGUUAUACGACAGACCCAGGUAACUACUCUGCGAACCAGGUUAAUUUGGUCGCCUCGGUUCCAGCCUCUACUGCGGGGUCCAACGACGCGUCCGGUACCUUGCGCAUCCACACAAACGGGGCUAAGAUAUACAAUAUCAACAUUCGGAACAACUUCGGACAGGGCUCUCAAGCGAUUGCUCUGAGCCAGUACGGCAACCAAGUCGGCGUGUACGCAUGUGGGCUGUUUGGGUUCCAAGACACGCUGCUCGCGAAUCAGGGGACGCAGGUGUACCUACAAAGUUAUAUUGAAGGAGCAACCGAUUUUAUUUUCGGCAGACUUGGUCAGGCGUAUUUUGAAGGAAACACCAUUGGUGUGAAGAGUAACGGCUGGGUCACCGCGUCAGGAAGAGAAGCCGACAAUGUGGCCAUAUACGUCUUCAACCGUAACAAUAUCAUCCUCGCUCCCAACCCCGGCUCGACGAGCGCGAUUUAUCUGGGCCGUCCAUGGGGAGAUUAUGCUCGCGUGAUUUUCAAAAACACCUACGUCACGGCGCCACUCAACAAGGGAAUCUGGUCCAUCUGGAAUACAGGCGACGAGCGAACAGACAACGUUCUUUUCGCUGAUUACAACACGACCGGUCCUGGUGUCCCGAGUGGCGCCUCGCGGCCCAGCUUCGUGACGGUGUUCAACGCAAGCCAGGCGUCGGCUUACAACAUAUCUACUGCGGUUGGAAGUUCGUCAUGGGUAGACGCAAAUUAUUUG